GUUGCGCACUACCUGUGUUGCUUAGCUGAUGUGGACCUCAAUGAUCAGAACACCUUCCCGACUUGCAAGCAGAUCGAAGAGUGGGCUGCUUAUUGGUGGAGUGAGGGGAAGGUUUUCCAUGCUUCCCCACUCAUGGUCCACGCCUUCUGCACGGAGGACUCAGAGCGCGGAAGUUUGAUGCUUGCAGAGGAUUCCGGCAGGAUCCUGUCUUUCGUUUUCGCCUAUGCCCGGGAGUGCGGGCUCAAGCUGCCAGAUCGACUUGAUGGCGACGAUGUGUCUGACGACGAGCCGCCAGCAGGAGCUGGCGGUGACGGAGGAAAGGAGAAGCUGGCAAAGUAUUACCAGAUAGCCUCCACGUGUCAGCUCAUUCUGACACGAGUUCAUGCAGGAGAGCAUCGUAUUCUAAGAGUGAUUCAAGCAGCAGAGGAUCUGUCCCAGCGCGUUCAAGAGUUCGGUAACCAGCUGCCAAUGCUCUAUGCCUCGCGGCUCAUCAUGCCACUUGGUCGG